AUGGCGCUGGAGAACGCUUGCACACCCAAUGGCUCAAUUCCUCUGUCCCUUUGGGCAGGGUCAAAAUUCCCCAAAGCUAAAUCCUUGCUACCCACCACGGUCUCGCUCCUCCAAAACUGGAAGCAAACUACCCCACUAUUCCUACAAAACAAUGACCUGCUCCUUGCAGCCCCACUUCAGGCCCUGGCUGCCCGAACGUCAGACAUUCAACUAGAUAAUUGGCUCAAACAAGGGAUCUCCCAAGUUCGCUCUUUACUGACCCCAGACGGCAUCAAGCCCUUCCCAGACUUAAUCAGGGAAUAUCGUAUCUCUUUGCGGGAACUAUUCUCUUACCUCAGAAUAAAAAAUAUUAUCCAAGAAUGCGGGAUUAGCCUAAGGGAACCCAAUCUCUUACCGCCAUUUAUCCAUAAAUGCAUGGGCAAACUUCCAAAAACUAAAGCAUUGUCCUUAUGCUACAACACACUAUUACUUCAAAAUAAGCUAACAAAACCAUCGUAUAUGUCUAAAUGGGAAUCAGAGCUAGGAAAGCAUUUCCCAAUAGAAAUGUGGCAUCACGCCCAAAAAUUAACUAAACAGGCUUCCCACAGCCUUAACCAGUGGGAAACAUUCUGCAAAUUAACGAUGCGCUGGUAUCUAGUCCCCACUAAACUGGCCCAUAUCUACCCGGGGUCUGACAAUCGAUGUUGGGGAUGCCACAACUGCGAGGGGUCCCUCUACCAUAUAUUUUGGACAUGCACACACAUCACCACUCUAUGGCGGGAUAUACAUGCACUUCUUCAUAAAAUUCUGGGAGUAAAAGUACCUCAGACACCAGAGUGCUUCCUAUUACAUAUCUUCCCAGAUACCCUCCCUGAAGAAACAAUCUUCUUUACGAUUCACUGUUUAAUGGCCACCAAAACUGCCAUUGCGCACAGAUGGAAGUCCCCUCUGACACCAACAUUACCAGAAAUCCUAGGCAGGUUAGACUCAACUCAUGCAUACGAGCGUAUGGCUAGCCGGCUAACCAGUAGUCAAAGUAGGUACAAAACACGGUGGAAGAGUUGGGUUGACUAUAGGAAGGGAGAGCCUCAUCAGGGGCUAUAG